CAGUCAUCAGCAAAGUCAGCGGAGCUUUGAAAGGCAAAGCAAUCAAACAGAUUUCUUCUUCGUCUCCGACACCGAUUGCUCCGAUUUCAAUGGCGCUCUCGAAUUCCAUCUUCUCUUUUUCUUCCUCUCCUUCGGUAGCUUUCCGGCGAUCGAGAGUUCUCCAUUCCAUCGAUUCCGGCUUCGUCGCUCACUCGUUUCAUUUUGACUCCUCGCUAACUUUCGCUCCAACACGCUACAAGUUCCCUGAGUAUGGACUUAGAAUCGCUUCCUCCACAAGAAAGAGCCUGCUGUAUGUUUCUAUUAAUGCUUCCAAUGCAGCGAGUUCAACACCAUUGAAAUCUGAACAAGAUGAUAAUUAUGUUCCAUUGCCAAUUGUUUUGAUUGAUCAAGACUCAGAUUCUGAUGCCACAAUUGUGCAACUCAGCUUUGGAGACCGUCUGGGUGCUCUAAUUGACACGAUGAAAGCAUUGAAAGAAUUGGGAUUGGAUGUGGCUAAGGGAAGUGUUUCAACUGAAGGAUCUGUCAAGCAAACUAAAUUCUUCAUUACGUGCUUGGACACUGGACGCAAAGUUGAAGAUCCAGAUAUGUUGGAGAGGAUUCGACUUACCAUCAUUAAUAAUCUCUUGAAGUACCACCCAGAAUCUAGUGAGCAACUUGCAAUGGGUGAGGCUUUUGGGAUAAAAGCUCCAGAGAAGAAGGUUGAUAUUGAUAUUGCAACUCAUGUACAUGUCAAGGAAGAUGGGCCCAAGAAGAGGUUUGAAACUUCAAAUAUUAUGCUUGAGAUGGAUUGAGCAUAUAAUUCCUGAACCAUUUGUGUGCUCCCCCUUUAUUUUUUCUUAUAUUUUGCCCUAGUUUCUUUCUCAUACUAACUCCAGGGAAGCAUGCGUUGAUGGAUCUCGUAUGAACUUGCCAAAACACAUCAAUCACCUACUUUUGUAUUUGCUCUGUCUGUUACCAGCCUGCUUUAUGUAGAGACAGCAGAUCGACCUGGAUUGUUAGUUGAGAUCAUCAAAAUCAUUGCUGAUAUCAAUAUUGACGUGGAAUCUGCAGAGAUUGAAACAGAAGGAUUGGUAGCCAAAGACAAGUUCCAUGUUAGCUACAGGGGGCAAGCAUUAAAUAGAUCUUUGUCAGAGGUGCUUGUGAACUGCCUGCGUUACUACCUUAAAAGGCCAGAAACAGACAUUGACAGUUACUAGUGCUUCAAAUCCAAGCACUCCCCAUGCUGUAAACCAAAUGUGAAGGAUCUGUACCAACUCUUCUAUGAGCUCAAGCUUCUUGAGUUGUAUUUUUUCUAAGUGUUUAUGUCCAUUUUCCUCAAUUGCAUUCUUGGACUGAUUGGAAUAAAUACUUAGUGACUCUUUUCCAGUGUAUGCCCUGAAAACUUGAUGUCAUUUGACUGAUAAAGAUCAAACAUGGUUGGCCCUGGUAACUAUUAGUUUUGUGUAUUUGGAUUCAGAUUGUCUUGUUGGAGCAAACCAACGAGGGAAAUAAAAAGGAAACGCUUAA